AUGCCAAUUAAAGCAGUGGGAGCCCUCGUUAUGGAGGAGAGGAGUAGAGGCAAGCCUAAUCUGUCUUGGGUCUAUGAGUUUCAUCAACAGGUGGUAAGUAAAGCACAAGGCCCAAGUUCGAUAUGGUUUCAUCAACAGGUAGUAAGUGAUGCACCAGGUCCGAGUUCGAGCUUGCAUAUUCGGAACUCUUCAAAUGAACUUGAUUGUGCUGUUAGCCUUUUGCAAUUGGCAGCACAGUCCGAACAAGUAACUCAAGCUACCCGUGUUGGAAAUGGUAAUGAAGAUGUUGGUUUAGAAGUUCAAGAAUGUUCUAGACCAUCCGAACCCCAUCCAUCAUUUGAAGAAGUCAAAUCUUUCGAGGACUUUUGUAUUCUGCUCGAUAGAGUCGAUAUUGAGCAUGAAUUAAAAGCUGAUGUUAGAGUGGGUUACUACAAACUGUGUUUGUAUAGGAAAGAAUUUCUUCAUCCAGAAGAUGUGUAUAGCAAGUUAGUGGUGGGUCUGAUUCGUGAAACCGUCAAGAUUGGUGAUGAGAUGAAGAGGUGCAAGCUCACCACGGUUAAGGAAGUGUUUGAAAAAUGGAAUAAGAACCUGAAAGCUUUAGAGUAUCGUGGCAUGAAAGUUAGGUUUUUACGUGAUAAAUUAAUCACACUUGCAAGACUUGUGCUUGAAUCAGAAGGUGCUGCGGACAUAAAGCAGCAUACGGAGGCAACAAAUGAAUGUAAGCGGAUUAAAGAUGAGUUGAAGAAACUUGCAGCAAAGCACAACGAGCUGACGGAGAGUGCUAAAAAAUUCGAGGAGGUUUCUGGUGCCUUGAAACAGAAAGUUGAGAGGUAUGAAGUCAGGUUCAAGGAGGUGGCUAAUAGACCAUGGUAG